AACCCCGAUUGGCUGGGCGAGAGCAGGCCGAGGCGUGCUUCCGAGUGGAGGCCGCGCUGGGGACAGCGGUGAAGGCAGCCAGCGGCGCCUAAACUGAGGGAAGGCCGCUGCUGUUUGGUGGGUUAGGGCUAAAGUAGUUGAAGAGGCCUCGGGCCUAGUCUGUUGCUAUGGCGACGGAGAGGCCUGCCGCUGUGGUCCAGCAGCGGUGUUGACAGGGCGCCUUCCAGCCCUCGAACCCGAGGCGGAGGCCCUCUUCUCCGCCUCCUUUGCCUCAGGAACCGGCGGGCUCCCUUCUUCCGCCAUGCGCCCCUGAGUUCUGGGCCUGUCCACAAAGGUCAUGGAGAAGAGAUUAGAAGACAACUUUGGCACCAGCUCUCUGAACACACUGGGAGACGUCCUAGCAAAAGCUCUCAGGUGUUUGGGCCAUCUUCAUUUGCUCUACAUGUGUGCCUGCCUCAAUGCCCUCUCAUCCUAUACAGAUGCAAGCUGGAGCAGAAGUGUUUGCCAACCCACGCGACUUUUGCACGGGGCCCAUUUGCGAUCAUUCAGUGGUGUUCACCUGCAGCUGCUCGAAGGCUUUCACUCAGUCCAGUCUUGUGAAGCCGCUUGCUGUCAGAGCCCUGCUUGCGAUGCCUUUUGGCUCUUGGCAAAGAUGUGUAUCCAGGUGAACUGUACCAAGCCUCAACUCUGUGAAGCUACCUGGACUGACGCUUCCGACUCCAUCUUGGUCUUUGUAACAAAGUCUGAGCACACAAUAGACCCCCAGCUUGUGCAGGAGGGGAGAACUCAUCUUCCAAAGUUGUUGGACUGGAUGGGGAGGCCUCAGAGUAAAGCAAGACUACGAAGGUCCUUUAAAGAGUUACCAGUUCAAAGAGUGCCCUUUGCAAGUGGCGGGAGAAACUCUUUAAAGAGGGACAUAGGCUCCAACGGUGGGAGUCUGGCAAGCCACCCAGUUCUGCUUCACUCCUCGGAUCCUAAUUCUCCCCCUGGAAAUCUUGAAGAGCCUUUACCUUCAGUGCAGGAAGCAAAUAAUCCCAUUGACCACAUUAGUCCAGAAGAGAACCCACUGGCAAACAGGGAAGACCCAAGAAGGCCAAAACCUCAAAGUCCACUUUCUCCAGUCAACAAUAAUGUGAACCGAUCAAGUGACCUCACUGGGAGUGGCUCUGUGGGGGCCCCUGAAGAAGAGCCCACGCCAGGACCCUCUCCAGCAGCUCCAUCAGCCAUCCCAGUCGGGAACCCUGAACAUGUAAAGCCCUACAGCAACACUUCCGUCCAGCCGUCUGUGUUGGAGGCCCUUCCAACUUCCAGUAAUUCUCAGGCAAAGGAGGAUGCUGGGAAGGCACAGCCCAUGACUUUUGUUCCAACUGGCCUCCCCAUGAACCAGAACGUGACAGCUGUCCCAGUCAACCCUCCUGUUUUGCCCAGCACUGCUGUACCAACGCCAGUGAUUAAGAAACUGGCAGUUUCUGCUGGAGACAGUGUCCAGGUAACUCUGCCAAAGAAUGAAGUGGAGCUGAAUGCAUAUGUCUUGCCUCCACCUCCUAAAGGAACCAGCUAUUCCUAUGACUGGAGGCUGAUCACGCACCCCACGGACUAUAGCGGGGAGAUGGAGGGCCAGCACUCCCAGAUCCUCAAGUUAUCCAAGCUCACCGUUGGCUUGUACGAAUUCAACGUGAUCGUCGAUGGUGACAAUGCACAUGGAGAAGGAAUGGUCAACGUGACAGUUAAGCCAGAACCUCGAGUAAACCAGCCCCCCGUGGCCAUUGUGUCCCCCCAGUUCCUGGAGAUUUCGCUUCCAACCACCUCUACAGUCAUUGAUGGCAGCCAAAGUACCGAUGAUGACAAAAUCGUCAGCUACCAUUGGGAAGAACUGAAGGGCCCGCUUCGGGAGGAGAAGGUCUCUGCGGACACUCCUAUUCUGAAACUGACUAACCUGGUGCCAGGAAAUUACACUUUCAGCCUCACGGUGGUGGACUCUGAUGGGGCCAGCAACUCAACCACUGCUAGCCUCACCGUGAACAAAGAGGUGGAUUAUCCCCCCGUGGCCAAUGCGGGCCCCAACCAAGUGAUCACCCUGCCCCAAAACUCCACCACCCUCUAUGGGAACCAGAGCACCGACGACCACGGCAUUGUCAGCUACGAGUGGUCCCUCAGCCCCAACAGCAAAGGGAAGGUGGUCGAGAUGCAGGGCGUGAGGACUUCAACCCUACAGCUCUCCGCAAUGCGUGAAGGUGACUACACUUACCAGCUGACUGUGACAGAUUCCGCUGGCCAUCAGUCCACUGCCGAGGUCACGGUGAUCGUGCAACCGGAAAACAAUAAGCCUCCCAAGGCAGAUGCUGGCCCAGACAAGGAAUUGACCCUCCCUGUAGACAGCACCACAUUAGAUGGCAGCAAGAGCUCAGAUGACCAGAAGAUUGUCUCCUUCCUUUGGGAAAAAACACGUGGCCCAGAUGGUGUGAAACUGGAGAAUGCCAACAGCAAUGUUGCCACAGUCACGGGGCUGGAGGUCGGGACGUAUGAAUUCACGCUGACUGUCAAAGAUGAACGGAACUUGCAGAGCCAGAGCUCCGUAAACGUCAUUGUCAGGGAAGAGAUCAAUAAGCCGCCCGUGGCAAAGGUUGCUGGCAACGUUGUCCUUACGCUGCCUACUAACACCGCGGAGCUUGAUGGGUCCCGAUCUACAGACGAUAAGGGCAUUGUCACCUACCUAUGGACCCGGGACGAGAGCAGUCCUGCUGCCGGGGAGGUGUUAAACAAUUCGGACCAUCACCCCGUGCUUGUCCUCUCCAACCUGGUAGAGGGGCAGUACACGUUCCACCUCAAAGUGAUGGAUGCCAAAGGGGAGUUCGAUAUGGAGAGGGCCACGGUGGAAGUCAAGCCUGAUCCGAGGAAGAAUAACCUUGUGGAGAUGAUCCUGGACGUGAAUGUCAGCCAACUGACAGAGCGGCAGAAGGGCAUGUUCAUCCGUCAGAUAGGCGUCCUGUUGGGGGUCUUGGAUUCGGACAUCACCGUCCAGAAGAUUCAGCCUUACACUGAACAGAGCACAAAGAUGGUGUUCUAUGUGUGGAACCAGCCCUCUCACCUGCUUUUCAAAGGGCAUGAUGUUGCAUGGACCCUCAAGAAUGAACUGCGGAAGCAGCAGUCCGGCUUCCUCAUCUUCCGCGCACUGGAGAUCAAUACUGUCACCUGCCAGCUGAACUGUUCAGAGCAUGGACACUGCAACUCCUUCACUAAGCGCUGCGUCUGUGACCCAUUCUGGAUGGAGAACUUCAUCAAAGUGCAGAUCGGUGAUGGCGAAAGUAACUGUGAAUGGAGUGUGCUGUACGUUGUCAUUGCAUCCUUUGUCAUCGUGGUCUCCGUCGGGAUCUUCUCCUGGGUGGUGGUCUGUUGCUUCAAGAGGCGUAAAGGGAAACCCAAGAGGAAGAGUAAAUACAAGAUCUUGGAUGCCACGGAUCAAGAGAGCCUGGCGUUGAAACCAACCCCCAAAGCAGGCAGUAAACAGAAAUGCCAGGCCCAGAAUACCAGUCUGAUGCAUUCGGAGUCGGAACUGGACAGCGACGAGGCCAUCUUCACGUGGCCGGACCGAGAGAAGGGGAAGCUGCUCCAGCACCAGAACGGCUUCUUGCACAACGGCCAGGCAGCCGCCAAGCCAAAGAACCAGCGGGAGGAGAUCCUAUAGCCCAUGUUAGGGGAGUCAGGGAGGGAGGGAAGGAAGGAAAGAAGGGGCUGCUGCUCGCAGAGGUCUGUCCAAAGGCCCAAGAGGCCGUUCACUCCUCAGAGGGCCCUGAGGAGUCUCCAGAGGCCUGCUGGGUCCUCUGAAGGAGAGCGCUGCUAACUCAUUACGUGGGGACUACCUUUUGUUUACUGCUGAUCUUUAAUAUUUUCCUUUCUCCAAGUCUUAACUGCCUGUACUUGAAAUUGGACUUCAAGGGAAAUUUCUGGUGAAAUCAGAAAAAAAAUAGAAGCUGUGAAACAAAAACAAAAGACUGUGAAGAAGAUGGUUCUGAAAUGCUGUGGGACUUGAAACCACUCGUGAGAAUACGCACUCGCUUUGCCCAGACUGCAAUAUGCGUCCCGCCGUCCCACCCAAAAUGCGUUUGCUGUGGGGCUGGCAAGCGGCCUUGAUUCCAAGGACCUCAUCCUGGCUCUUAUCUGGCCUGGAAGACAAGAAGCCGCAAACUGGACUUUUUACAGCACUCGCUUCAACAGCAGGAAGAUGAUGCUGGGUGCCACUCUUUUUUCUUUCUUUCGAAAAUUAUGCCAGUCAUUAUCAUCUCCAGGGCAAAGGGGCAAAAUUGCCUUUUUGGCCACCUUCAUGUUUGUAAGGGGUUUCCAUUCCUUUUAUUUUAAAUUAUUGCGAGUUUCACCACUGUUUGGAAAUGGGGGACGUCUCCUCCUUGUCCGGCUCCCUCCGUCCUGCGGCUUAACCCUUACCAGUCGGUAACACUGGAAGACCGUAACUUCCUCUAACUUUUGACAUGCUGUUUGUCUCACAAAAACUUUUUGCACACGGUGAAAGCGAGGUCAAAGGCAGACAUGAGCCAUUUGAUUCCCGAAAGGGAUUGAUGCCUAUAUCCUUCCAGCUCCGUCAGCCUGCACUUCUUUGUGGUGUGCUUUUGGGUGUCUGGAGUCACAGAAAUCCCUUAAACGUUGAUUUUGCCCAAAUCGGAGGCCUCCGCUUUGCAAAGGUGGAGAGUUUCCUCGCUACACAAACACCAGCUCUCUUCCUUGUCUUAACUGGAGGUUCACUGUUGUGUGAUCAUGGUAUAUGUGAUUUUCUUCUUCCUCUUGUCACCUCCUGUCUUCCCUGUGCCAUUACCUGCUCCUCACACUUGAAAAAUAACAUCUUUUACUCUCUAAAGGUAGGCAUAGCUAUGACCAGCAUUCCUUUAGCUCCUCUUCCCCUUUUUCAAUGGCGUCUGUGUCCAGUGGGCAGCCCUUCCAGCGGCUCCUGCUUUGACUCGUGAGCCCUUUAAAUUUCCAAAACAGGGAUGUCUCAAACACUCAUCCGGUCAGAGAUGGUUCCAGGUAUGUCCGCCAAAAUCCGGCAGACCCAGAGCCAAAAGUUUACAAUACUAAUUUGAGUCCUUUCAUCAUAAUAAUUUCUGGGGGCUGGGAAGAUGAGGGUGAUACAUAGGCAUAGAAGGGAUGGGAGGGCAGAAGCUGAACAUCCUUCCUUGAGGUGAGAAACAGGUUUUUCCCAAGCUCUGUUUACAUUGCUGCACUACUGAUUUGUCGAAGGCGAUGAAGAUUAAACACUACUCAGUUCGUGGGGGUAUCUCUCCCCCAUUGAUUGUAAAUAA